UCGGUUCACUACUCAAAAUUCGUUGCAAUGAGACGUGGCGCAAGAGACUGGGCUCUGAAGGAACGCAAAACAGACAGCGGCGGCGCUGUUUUUGGUACUCUAAUUCACCAAGCCAGAAAGAGUGGGCAGCUAAACCUCUCGAAUCGUGGCCUGGAGAAGGUGCCCGAUGAGGUUUUGAGGAUGUACGAGCCUCCACAGUCGAAAUCUGAGCAGGCGGCUGCUGCGUCAUUUGCCGUCGGACGUGAAGAGAGAUGGUGGGAUCAGGUGGACUUGACUAAGUUGAUUUUAGCAUCGAAUUGUAUCAGGGAGAUCCCUGAAGAUCUUGCUAAAUUUGGUGCUUUGCAAGUAUUAGAUCUACACGAUAAUCAAUUGGUGUCAUUACCAUCAACCAUUGGAAAGUUAAAAGAACUGCGGAGACUCAAUAUUAGUCAUAAUCAACUGGCAGAAUUACCUGGAACUGUUCUGUCGCUUGUAAACUUACUGCAGUUGCGCUUGGAGCACAACAAGUUAACCAGACUGGAAAACUACUUACAGCAUUUUGAACAUUUAGAAGAACUGGAUGUGUCUCAUAAUCAACUUCGUAGCACCGAGGAAUCUCUUGGUUAUAUGAGCAAGCUUAAAAAACUUAAUUUGUCUCACAAUUCACUUUCUAAUCUUCCAUCAACUGUUUCAAAUUUGAGAUGUUUGCAAGAUCUGGAUUUAUCUAGCAAUGGAUUGACUGAAGUGCCUUCUAUGUCUGGGUUGGACAAACUAGAGAGACUUGAUUUGCAGCAAAACAAGUUAAACACAUUACCGGUUAUUUCUGGAUGCUCAAGACUCAAGGAAGUCUAUUUGGGUGGGAAUGAACUUGAGAUGCUUUCCGGCGAUUGGCUUAAAGAUGCAGCGAGUGUUGUUCUUCUGGACAUUAGAGAGAACGGGAUUACAGUCAUACCAGUUGAAAUCACGUUGUUGGUUGGUUUAGAACGGCUUGAUGUUUCUAACAAUGAUAUAUCUAGUCUUCCUUAUGAAAUGGGCAAUAUGUCAUCAUUGAAGAACAUUGUGCUCAAUGGUAAUCCUUUGCGUGCUCUUAGGAGGGAUGUCGUGCAGAAAGGAACACAGGCUGUUCUCAAACAUUUGAAGAGUCGUAUUGCUGAUUUAGACAGUUCAACGAAGGAAAUAGGGGCUCUAUCAGCAACUUCAGUUGCGCUCGAAACCCAGUUCUCAAAACGAGUCAACUUGAGUAACCAGAAACUUACUCAGAUUGCUCAAGAGACAGUUGAUGCUCUACUACAGGCAAGUGUUGAAACACUUGAUCUCAGCAAAAACCAGCUUUCAUCGCUUUCACCUUGGAUAUCUCAGCUUCAAGGCACUCUCAGCGAUUUGAACGCCGCUCACAAUAAGUUGGCUGUUGUGUGUCCUGAGAUCAGGUGUUGUGUUAAACUCACACGAAUUGUUCUAAGUAACAAUUGCUUGGUUGAUCUGCCUGACAUGCAACCUCUUCUGUGUCUCUUAGAACUAGUUAUAUCAAACAACAGGUUUCGACACAUUCCAGAAACUGUUUAUUGUCUGGUUGGUCUUGAAGUUCUUGUAGCGAGUGACAAUCAGAUUUGUGAUAUUAAUGUCAACGGUCUUCAACAGCUUCCAAAACUAACAGCCUUGGAUCUUCAGAACAAUGACAUUCAACAGGUGCCACCCGAGUUGGGACUUCUUACACUGAGAUCAUUGCAAAUCAGUGGAAACCCUUUUCGCAUUCCUCGUCCCGCACUUCUUGCCAAAGGAACGCAAUCUGUGCUACAGUAUUUGAAAGAUAGAAUACCAACACAGUAGUGAAUUGCACCAAUCAUCGAACAAGUCUAUCCAACAGCCCUGAGUGAAGAUGAUCAGACGAUGGCGAUGAUUUAACUCUUGAUGACUUUGUUUGUACAAAUGAAGAUGGUUGUCUUGGCCCAGCCUGAGUUGGUACAGUGUUUGCAACUAGGAGCAGAAAAUAAUUACAAUGAUAUA